AUGUAUCAACCAAGAAUUAAUAAUAACUAUAUAUUAUAUCCAACAUCACCACCAUUAUUAAGUGAAUGUUUUAGUGUUAGUUAUCCACCUCCACCAUUUUUAAAUUGUAAUAAUAAUAGUAAUAAUAGUUCACCGAUAAAUUCACCAAAAAGUUUCAAUAAUAAUAAUCAUAGUAGUAAUAAUUUUAAUAUUACAAAUGUAAACAAUUUUUAUUUUAAUAAUAAUUUAAAUAAUAGUGGUAGUGGUAGUACUAGUAGUGGUGGUAAUAGUGGUACACCACCAUCACCAAUUCAAAUACCAAUAAUUUGUACAACAACUAUAAUAGUUAACCAAUCAUCUCCACAACCAUUACCAAUUCAAUAUCCACAAAUUCAAUUAGAAAAAUUUAAUUUAUCACCAAAUUCCAAUUUAUCAAAUCAAUUAAGCGAUCAUUUUAAUAACAAUAAUAAUAACCAUCAAAAAAAGAAACAUAGAUUAUCUUGGAAAGAAAUUAAAAAAGAUUUUAAUAUUAAACAUGAAAUGGAAAAAGAAAAAAAGAAAUGGAAAAAAUUUGAAGAGAAAAUUAAAGAAGAAUUAACAAAAGAUAAAAUUAAAAUGAAAAAAAAUGAAAUUAAAAUGAAAAAAGAGUUGGAAAUUGAAAAUUGGAAAAAAAUAGAAAUUAAAUUUAAAUCAUUCUACUCUGAAGCUGAAUGGAAAUCAUUUGAAACUAAAUAUCGAGAUCAAUUAAAUCCUGAAUUACUGGAUACAAUUUUAGAUUUAAUAUUUUAA